AUGCAGGUCGUUGCAUGGAAGGCCGUUUCCGCGCCGAGCACUCGGCCUCCGCGGCCCGGCAGGCCCGGCGCGGCCCGGCAGGCCUGCCUCGCCCCGCAGCCCCGGGCCCCGUCCCCGGCCGGCCGACCCCGAGCCGCGCUCCGCAGACCGCACUCGUGCCUGAGCUCUCGCCGCGCCCGCACGCCAUGUCGCCCGCGUCCUGAGCGCUCCGUCUCCUCACCGUGUGUUCUGUGA